AUGGCAACAACCGAGGCGUCUAGUUUGGUCGGGAAGCUUGAGACAGAAGUUGAGAUCAAAGCUUCUGCUGGAAAGUUUCAUCACAUGUUCGCCGGGAGACCACACCAUGUCUCCAAAGCAUCUCCAGGAAACAUUCAAGGGUGUGACCUGCAUGAAGGUGACUGGGGCAAAGUCGGCUCUAUCGUCUACUGGAACUACGUUCAUGGCAAGUCAACUUUAUACCCUCUUUCCCUUCUAAAUGGAGAGGCAAAGGUGGCAAAGGAGAGGAUCGAGGCGGUGGAGCCGGAGAAGAACUUGAUCACGUUCAGGGUUAUAGAAGGUGAUCUGAUGAAAGAGUACAAAAGCUUUGUGAUCACCAUCCAGGUGACCCCUAAGCAUGGAGGGACAGGGAGUAUUGUGCACUGGCACCUUGAGUACGAGAAGAUCAGUGAAGAGGUUGCUCAUCCCGAGACUCUCCUACAGUUCUGUGUCGAAGUCUCCCAAGAGAUCGACGAACAUCUCCUGAACGAGGAUUAA